AUGACCACUACCGUUUCUGCCGCUGACACUUAUCCCCACUACGCCGCUGCCUACCAGUCUUUGACGGCCGGCGCACCGCAGUCCAUGUUAGAUCUGCGACACCGGGGAUGGAACGCCUUCGUUGGUUUGGGCCUGCCCACGGCGCGCCGCGGCAACGAGCCCUGGAAAUAUACCAAUGUGGCGCCCAUUGCGCGGGAGCCGUUUGGCUACGCACAGACUUCCGGAGGCGUAGAUGGGGAUAUUUCGCUGGCCGAUGUUAAAUCCGUUGCACCGUGGAAUGUUGACUGGCGAACGCUGGUUUUUGUCGAUGGGGCUUUCGCACCGGGCCUGAGCGCUGAUACUGGUUCAGGCGGACCGGCGGGUUCCGCAGCGCCGGCCGGGCUGAUAGUCGCCAAUCUCCCCGAUGCCAUGGCGUCGCCAGGGGCGUUCGGUGAAGCGGUUUUGGGUGGCCUCGCCGUGCCCGAAGACGACGGCUUUGCAGCGCUGAAUACGGCGUUCGCUGGCGAUGGCGUCGGAAUAAAUGUUCCAGCCGGGCAGGAUGCCGGAGUGGUAAACGUCGUUUACCUGACUACCGAGCGCCAACAGUCGAAAGUUACUUACCCGCGUAUGCUGAUAGCCGCGCAACCCAACUCUCGCCUAAAGGUAAUCGAGACCUACAUCGGCCCGGAUGACACCCGCUAUUUUACCAAUGCCGUGGUGGAGAUUUACGUUGGUGAGGGAGCAAAGGUUGAACAUUAUCGCCUGCUGAUGGACGGCUUGAACGCUUAUCACGUUGGUGUCAGCCGGGUGCUGCAGCAGCGCGAUUCCAGUUUCUCGUCGGUGGCGAUAGCGCAGGGCGCCGAGCUCGGUCGGAAUGAUUUCGGCAUCACACUGGCCGGCCCUGGUGUCGAAUGUACGCUGAACGGGCUGUACCUGACGACCGGAAACCAGCACAUGGAUAAUUACAUCAACAUAGACCAUACCGAGCCAUACGGUACGAGUCGCCUGUUUUACAAGGGGAUUCUGCAUGGCCAGUCGCGUGCCGUGUUUGGCGGGAAUGUUACCGUCCGCGAGGGCGCCCAGAAAACGGACGCGCAGCAAACCGACAAGAAUCUGCUGUUGUCGGAGCAGGCAGAAGUGGACAGUAAACCCAGCCUGCUUAUUUACGCCGACGACGUGAAAUGCGGUCACGGCGCAACCGCGGGACACAUUGACAUGGAUACCGUCUUUUACAUGCGGAGUCGUGGGCUGGAUCUGCCGACCGCCAGCCGCCUCCUGAUACAUGCCUUCGCCAGCGAGAUCAUCGACACGGUUGCGCUGGAGCCGUUGCGGGGUUACCUGGACGAAAGACUCCAGAAAGCGAUCCCCGACGCCGACAUUUCGCUACCCAUUGGAGGCCGCUAG